AUGCGCAUCCUCUGCCUGGGUCUAACCCGAACCGGGACAAACUCCCUAGUCGUGGCCCUCCGGAAACUAGGCUACACACCUUACCAUGGCUCCGAAUGUUUCAAGUCCCCACCACGGGACUUCAACCUCUGGAUCGAAGCAUUGAAAUGUAACUUCUUCAACCCGGACCCCAAGAAAAUUCCCCGCUACGGCCGCGAAGAAUUCGAUCGUCUCAUCGGUUCCUACGACGCCGUCCUGGACAUCCCGGCCUCAAUGUUCUGGGAAGAUCUCAUCCACGCAUACCCAGACGCAAAGAUAAUCCUCACAACCCGGGACUUCGAUUCCUGGUGGGUGUCCAUGGACAAGACUCUAUUUCGGUUCAUCCGGAUGCCGUUCUUUCGGUACUGGCAGUAUUUCGAUCAGAAGGAGGUUGGGCCGCUGUAUAGAAUGUCUGAGCUGGUCUGGAGGGUUUUUUGUGGGAACUGCUACGAGAAAGAGGUUUGCGAAAAGGCGUUUCAGGAGCAUUAUCGGAAAGUGAGGGAGGCUGUUCCGGAGGAGAGGAGGUUGGAGUUGAAGGUGGGUAGGGAUGGGUGGGAUGUGCUGUGUCCGUUUCUGGGGGUCGAGGUUCCUGCGGAAGAGUGGCCGAGGGAGUAUCCUGCUAGGGCUCUGAAUGAGAAUAUAGAUAUGGCUUUUUGGGGGGCUGUUCGGACGAUUCUGUUCUGGGUUGGAUUUGGGGUGGUGGUUGUUUUGGGUGUGGUUUGGAUGGGUGCGUAUGCUGGGAGGUAUCAUGAUGAGAUUUGA